AUGGCCAACUCUGGCUACACGUCGCCUUUUCCAACGUCUCACGACACCAUCGGACAGUCCACAUUAGCGACGCCCCUUUUCAUGCCUUCCUCCCCACCUCGCCACCAGUCCAGCCCAUCGCCCCCAAGUCCCAUCUCUGAGCGCUUCGAGCCGGAACAUGAAUAUGACGAUCACAACGAUGAUCACGAGCACGACUUAGAUAAUGAGGAUGAGGAUGAGUUACGGCAUUACUCACAUCACUCCACUUUACGAAGCCCUACUGCAUCUGAUCUAGAUGCGCGCCUCAAUGAAUACACUUUGGACUUCGGCCAAUUCCCCAGCGGUCAAUUCGGUGAUGGAGAAGACAUGCCGCUCCCUGAUCUAAACGACGAAGAUGAAAGACUCUCCGACGUGGGUGGCCCAGAGGACUUCACCGCAAACAUGGAGAAAUAUUUGAUGGGCGAAGGCAUGUCGAGUGCGCGGAAGGCUCGUAGCAACGAGGCCAGCGCAGACGGAUCCGCAUUGCGAUCUUCUUUGAGAUCAAAACAGCCAGUCGUCGAAGAAGAGCCGGAGCUAGGGGAAGACAGUGAAUUUGGACCGCCAGUGGAUAUGUCCACUCCGUCGCAUAUGUUGCACAGGACCAGUGCCCUCGCUAAAGACUCGACUCACCUUGAUGGUAUUGACGAGGUAGACUCUAAUGAUGGACUCCCAAGCCCGGGAUCCCCAUCAUCUCGCAAGAUGUCCGAUGCCUCGAGAGACGAGGCGCUAGAACGAGAAGAGCGCUUGCAAGAACGCAUCGCACAACUUGAAGAAGAGGCACAGGACAGAGAUGACCAGCUUCUUCAGAAUCGCGACCAUUUGUUGGAAGCGGCCUCGGCUGGCGAGCAAAUUCGGCAUUUGCAGGUAGAGCUCCAACACAAGAAUGAUCAGAUCGAGGAGUUGGGGGCCAAAGAAGCCGAAUCGGCAUUGCUUCGUGAACGGGUUCUGUCAUUACAAAAGCAGGCCGCUGAGCAUGAAAAGCUUCAGCAAGCAAUUCCGCAACCUCCGGACUUUGGCUCAAUUCAACAGGACAUUCGUGAUAUGCAAAAACAACUCCAGAACAAGGAUUCGCAGAGUUCCUUGGAUACGGAGCGACUGGAGACAAUCGCCCAUCUACGACAGCAACUCAGUCUCACCCAAGAGCAAGUGAAGCAACGCGACGCGACCUUGGAUGAGACUCUUGCAAAAUUGAGGGAUGUUACCCUCGCCAAGGAAGUACUGCUUCGUGAGAAGAACGCUGAGAUCGAUCGCUUCAAGGCGGAUCUUGACGACCAGGCUCUUGAGAAUGAGAAAUUGGAAACCGAGCUAGAUCGCGUGAAUGCCGAUUAUGAAGCCCUUGAGGAUCGCCUAACCAACCUCGAAAUCAAGAACCAGCCCCUAGAAGAGAGGAAUCAAUCUCUUGAGGCCGAUCUCUCUCGCGUCCAGUCCCAGGUGGAAGCACAAGAGACUGCUUUGAAAGCUGUGGCUGCAGAUCUGCCCAUGAGCAGUCGCAGUACUUAUAGUGAGAUCCUGGACCUGAUCAAGGACCUUGGUCCUCCGGAGCCUGAACUGGACCUUGCAUCUCCUGUGCAAGGUAAAUUCCCAGUGAAUACGAAUGUGCACAAUAUGGGCGACGAAAUCGCCAGGUUCCAGCAAGAGCUUCAGGACGCUACAGCGGCUCAGAAGGCCGCAGAAGUUGAAGCCAACCGCCUCCGAGAACAAGCAAUGGAAACGCAAGCUCUCAUCAAAACCAUCGAAUCUGAGAACCUCCGCCUUGCCACCCGCGUGGAAGAGCUGACUACGACCCUCAACAAGACCCAACACGACCUAACACGGACACAAGAAGAGCACGCCGAAUGCCUCGAAACCAUCGCCCGUCUACAAGAGGAGGCAAGUCGUCAGCCUCCUAACCCACCUUCAUCGCCGCCAAAACCUGCUAUCAACGAGCAACAAAGCGUUCCGAACACGGCUGCCAUGGAAGAGGCCCACCAAGCGCAGAUCAAAAGCCUUCAAACAGCGCACUCUACCGCUGUAUCAACCCUCCGCUCAUCACACGCCGAGUCCAUGCGCAAGAUCCGCGACCUUCUUACGGCCGCUGAAGAACGCGAGGCUAAUCUUCGUGUCGAUCUCACUACCUUGCGCACCUCAGUAUCCACACAAGAAUCUCAACUGCGCAAGUCUUUCAAAUCAGAAGUCAGGCGUCUGGAAGCCGUCAUUGCGGCUAAGGAUGAAACUGCCGUUGCAAUUGACCAACGCAUUGCCAUGUCUGUUGACAAGCGAGAACGGGAGUGGGAGCGUCGCGUAGACCUCCUUCUCAAGGAGCGCGAUCGUAUGGCUAAAGCAUUGAUGAUGUACUGGGGUGAGAAAGAGAUGGGUCCUGGCCCUGGUGUUCUUGCUGAAGGGAAGGAAAAUCGUCGUCGUGAAGGAGAUAAGGAGACGAAGCAGGGUCAAGCGUAUCGGUACAAGUACACGAAGAGCCGGUCCAAGAGUGGGGAGAGGAAGGCAUAA